AUGGCAUUUAGUUGGUUGUCAAACAAGAUUGGCAGUGUAGAUAAUAUUAAACAAAAGAUACGAAAUGCAACGACAUCAAUUGCACAGACAGUUGCCAAUGGUGUAAAUAGUGAUGGUGAUGACAAUGAUGAUGAUGACGGUGAUGACAAUGGUCAUAGACGACAUCAACAACAACAAUUGGACAAUGAUCUAUAUGAUAACAAUACAUUACAUACUUCAACACCACCGACGGGUAAACGAGGCAGCGGUGCGUCAUUGUCACCGUCAUUGCCAUCAAUGUCGUCCUCGACGGACAAGGUGUUGAGCUCGGCGGCCAGAGCGAUGAUCGAUGCAACACUGCAACCAUUCGGGCGCUCGCCGUCUGGCUGCGUGGUGGACCACAUGGUCAACCUGUUUGGCAUCGGUGCCGACACCAAUUGCUCCGUCAACACGGCAGAGAUCUACGAGCGAUUCAAACAUCCAAUCAAGUAUCUCAAGUUCAAGGCCUUCACAUCUGCCUGCGCCAUCACCGACCGCAACACGUGGGAUCGUCAAUACGUCGACCGAGUCGUCCAACUUGCGCGCCACCUAAAGUCGAACUAUCCAGUAAGUAGUAGUUUGUUAGUUCAUUUUGGAAAGCUCAUGCUGUCAUCCAUCGACAAGCGAUACAGUACUGAUGGCGAGGAGUUGAUGCGACUAACAGGACUCUACGUGCCCAAUGACUACCUGAUGGACAUCGUACAAGACUUCUCAGAGUUGUUCACACCAUGUAUAUCUAUACAUCCAUACCGCAAGGAUGCAGUGGAUGAACUGUUAAAGUGGAUACUUAGGGGUGUACGUUAUGUUCGUUGGUUGCCAGUAUCGAUGGGCAUCGACUUGAACUCAGACCUUUGCGUACCAUUCUACGAAGCGAUGGUUGAGAAUGACCUUAUACUGUUUGUUCACACGGGCAAUGAACACUCGUUGGUGGAGCCACCCGAGUCCGACUCACGACUUGGCAAUCCAUUACUCCUACGUCGACCACUGGACAUGGGAGUCAAGAUCGUCGCCGUCCACUGUGGCGGUGAGGGCAAGAACCUCGACCUGGACGAGACCAAGCAGCCUCAGCCAAUCAUUCCAAAUCUUCAUUUAUUCCUAAGAUUGAUGCAUGAAGAGAAGUAUAAUAACAAUCUAAUUGGAGACCUGAGUGGCAUCGUGGCGUUUGAUCGAGUGGAAGCAUUGGUUCCACUGAUGGACCAUCAACAUAUACAUAAUAGACUGAUCUAUGGCAGUGAUUAUCCAAUACCAGCGGUCAACUUGGCAGUGAUCACUACGUUGUUGGCCAACAGAGGAUUGAUCACACCAGACGAACGUGAUGUAGUCAACGAGAUCUAUCGAUUCAAUCCAAUACUCUUUGACGUCGUCCUCAAGAGGAUAUUGCGCUCACCAAUCACUGGCAAUCGUUUCAGUUCAUCAAUAUUUAUGGAGAACAAGUUCUUUGAAUCAUCACCAGUAUUGAAUGGAUUCAAUAUUGAUCCAAAGUCUUCAUCACCAGUCAAUGGUCAACAACAACAGCAUAGACAUUCAUCAUCAUCACCUUUAAUUGAUGCAUCGAUUGAUGAUGAGUUACUUGAAGAGGACCUGCUCGAGGAGUAUACCGACUUCUAA